GACCGCCUCUUAUCUGCCGCCCCAUCCUCCCGCUCCCGGUGCCCAUCCCACACCGCCUCGCCUUCCCUUCGCGCCGCCACCGGCUCGCGCCGAAACAACCCCAGCCAAGCAACACAAAAGCAAAAACAAAACCAAACAAAAAAUCCCUGGAAGAAUCAAGGGAGAAGGUUCGUUCGGCAGCCAUGGAGGACAGGGGUCAGGGCCCCGCCGAGAACCUUGCGGAAUCUCUGGCCACCGCCGCCGCUGACACCGUCGUCGACGGAGACGAUGGCAGUGAAGGCGAAGACGACGGGUUCAGCUUCCCCGUCCCGCCGCUGGCAGCCGAUGCGUGCAUCGUGCCCGUGUACCCGAUCUUCGGCCGGCCACCGUCCCCGCCGCUGCCGAGGGAGGACGAGGAGGAGGAGCCAAAGACGGCCACCGUGCGGGUGCCGCUCGGCCGGCUCCUGCUGGAGGAGCGGGAGUUCCGUGCGCGGCAGCGGGACGGCCGAUCGACAGCAGCAACAAGGGCGCUGCCACAGGAGGACGACGACGAAGCCAGCGCCGGCGGGGACGAGGAGCUGGAGGGGGUGCCGCCGGAGACCUACUGCCUAUGGGCGCCCGGCGGGCAGUCGGCGCCCGCGUCCCUGCGUCGGUCCCUGAAGAGCAGCUCCACGGGGUCGGUCCUCCGGUGGCGCCGCAUCAGCGAGCGCCUCGUUGGGCGGAGCCACAGCGACGGCAAGGAGAAGUUCGUGUUCCUGAGAGCUGCCGGUGGUCCGGAGCCUCCGCCUAGUAAUAAGGAAAAGGAAGAGGGAAGAGGCAGCAACAAAGGAGGCGACGCCGGCGCCAUGGGCCAUCAGUGGAGCUAUUGCGGCCGAGGCGGCAGCGGAGGAAGCCGGAGGCGAUCAUACCCGCCGUACAGGCAAGAGCUUGUCGGGCUGUUCGCCAACGUCGGUGGGUUGCGCCGAAGUUAUCACCCAUUUUAAUAGGCUUCCUCCAUGCCGUCCGUACGACCUUGCUUGCUCUCUGUGCAUACUGGAUAUCACUCUCCAUACUUAUUCUAGUUUCACAGUAGAAGUAAAUUGGUGUGUUUUCUCUAAAUUAUUUGCUUAUUUAAUUAGGAUUAGUAUAAAAACAUCAUGAUCUCAACAACGUAGAUUGGUAUCUCAAAAAAGAAAAAAGAGAAGAGGUAAUGCAUUAGUAGCAGAGUAUGAUAAUAUGUACUGCCACUUAUUUUGUUCUUUUACAUGCUUCAUUCACAAUC